CCUCGAACACUCCACAAACCAUUGAACGCCCGGCAUGUCGAAAGAAGACGAGCCAUCAUACAUAGACUACGAGGCUUUCCUCGACCCCGACUUCUCGGCAACGUCCUUUGCAAAUACGCUCGUGCUCGCAACGAACAACCCCUCAGACACCCCGCUCGACCUGUCAACACCACUCUCCCGAGUCCUCUUUGACGUACAGGAAGUCGACACACAUAUCGACACGCUCACCACUAAAUCCGCCCUACCGCUUCUCGAGCACACACGCGACCAUGCCGAGUCAAGCGGGCGCAUACUUGCUGAGGUGGAAGGCCAGGUCGCAAGCUUGACGGAGAGCUACAAGACGCUCGAGAAGGAAGUCAUUGAGCGGUAUGAAGUCGCCGAACAAGUCCGCCUCACCGCGGAGCGCCUUGUAGAAACAGUCAGACUGGGAAGAGCCGUGGCACGAUGUCUCAUGUUGGGACGACAGCUCGAGGUGCGCAUGUCUGAAGUCGGCGGUGUGGGCAGCGCAAAGAAGGAGGACCACAGAGCAAUGGUCAGGAGCGCAGAUACAAUACUCUCUCUGCGCCAGAUCUUCACCAGUACCAAGCCGGGACAAGAGGGUGAAGGGCUGGACAGGGUCAAUGCAGUCAACACGCUGAAGAACGAGCUGGUGGUGCCUGGAGAAAGAAACAUUGCAUCGAGGGCACAACAGGUGGUGAAGGAGUUCAGCAUGUCGAGUCUACUCUCGUCCUCCGGACAGACAUCUGCAAGCACAUUUGCACAGACGGAAGACACGAAGAGCAGGACCACAUCCGCGCUGCAAACGCUAUAUCUCCUGUCUCCGACCAGCACAAAGACAACGAGGGAAAGUUUCGAGCCUACGCUGAUGCUCAGCGCACUUCAAGACUAUUUACAGACAAGUCUCAAGAGUUCACUAGCAUCGCUCGCUCGAGCACUCACACAACUUCCGCUUCUGGAUCGCACACUCCUCGAAAUUUCCGCGCGUUGCCAGAACAUCGUUGCGCUGCAGUCGCUCCUGCAGUCCAUCAAGACACCCGUCCACCCCCUCCUUGCGUCAGGGACCUCCACAUCAAACAACGGCAACUUCCUCCAGCCACUACUACACGCUCUCGACACCAGCUCACUACCCAGCUACUUCUGGCGCAGCUUAGCAUCCAACAUGUCACCGAGGAUGCAGGAGAUCAUGUACAAGGGCGGAGUGUCGGCGAGGACGCUGAGAAGCAACAAGGAGAGGGUCAGGGAUGCAGUGAGGGAGUGUGUAGAUCGGGGCAGCAGCUUACCAGGGGAGAAGUCUGGGAGAAAGGGCGAGGGGUGGGAGAGGGAGGCUGCUGUCAUGGUCGGUAGUAUCGUUGGAGGGAUAAAGUGAUCAAGUCAUCACGAGAGCAACACCAUGUUUCAAUCGACAUCAGGCCUCACAGCAUCGCGUUUGGACUCGCUGAUAU